UGUCAUACAGAGGCUAGCAGUGCUUGUCCAUAUAACUAGCUACAAGCUAACAGUUCAUGAGAUAAACGUUUUCUUUCCAGCACUUACCUUGACGCUUCAUUCGAGAUAUUGAAAAGUGUGCAUCGCUGUUUUUCUAAAAAGUCAUGGCUGCGGAUUGGAUGGGUAGUUUAGUGUCAAUUAACUGUGGGCCGACACUUGGAGUUUAUCAAGGAGAGGUUGUUUCUGUGGACCAGUCCAGCCAAACUAUCUCCUUAAGACAGCCUUUCCACAAUGGGGUCAAGUGUCCCGUUCCCGAGGUCACAUUCAGCGCCAUUGACAUUAAGGAAUUAAAAAUUUUAGACAUCAGAAAUGGCAAUGCUAGAAACAGCUCUUCUGCAUCUAUUAAAGUAAGCAGUGCUCCAGUGGCAGUCCCAAAGGGUGACCCCAGAUCCGUGGAGAAACUAAACUCUCCUCAGCACUGCUCUAAAAGCUAUGGAGAGCGUCAUCUGGAUGUUCCAGGCCAGCCAAAAGGAUUCCGUCGAAGACACAACUCUUGGUCAUCCAGUAGCAAAGGAGGAAACCAAGUGACUCCAAAGAAGAAUGGGGUGAAAAAUGGUCAGCUGAAACACAGAGAUGAUGAGUGUUUUGGGGAUGGUAUGGAUGAUGGACUGGAUACAGACUUUGAUUUUGAAGGAAACUUGGCUCUUUUUGACAAAGCAGCAGUUUUCUCAGAAAUCGACACAUCAGAGCGUCGCAACGGUGCAAGGUCUCGUGGGACACCUCAAGAUCAAACACCUUCGAGGUACCGUCAUGAUGAAAACAUUCUGGAGGCCAAACCUAUUGUGUACAGACAGAUUACUGUACCUCAGCCUGGAUCCAAGGAGUACUGCACUGAUUCUGGGCUUGUUGUACCCAGCAUAACCCAUGAGCUGCACAAGCGGCUGUUGGCGGUCGCUGAGCGUCAUGGUCUUUCACUGGAGCGAAGACUUGAGAUGACUGGAGUGUGUGCAAGUCAGAUGGCCCUUACAUUGCUGGGUGGACCCAAUAGAUUUACUCCCAAAAACCUACACCAGCGUCCCACCGUGGCUUUGCUAUGUGGCCCUCAUGUUCAGGGAGCUCAGGGUAUCAGCUGUGGUCGUCACUUGGCCAAUCAUGAAGUGGAAGUGAUCUUGUUUCUCCCAAACUUUGUCAAGAUGCUGGACUCUGUAACCAAUGAACUCACACUUUUCAACAAAACUGGUGGCAAACAGGUGUCAGGUAUCAAAGAUCUUCCAGAUACCCCGGUGGAUCUGAUCAUCAACUGCCUGGACUGCCAUGACAACACAUUCCUGAUGGAUCAGCCUUGGUACCGAGCAGCUGCUGACUGGGCGAACCAGAAUCGAGCGCCGGUGCUCAGCUUAGACCCUCCUGGUAGCGGACAGGGGCAGGCAGUCGAGGCUAAGUGGUCCCUCUCUCUCUGUCUACCCCUGGCCCUGGCUGAAGGGGCUGGCAGUAUUUAUCUGUGUGACAUAGGCAUCCCUCGCCAGGUGUUCCAGGAAGUGGGAAUUAAGUACCAUUCUCCUUUUGGCUGCAAAUUUGUCAUCCCCUUGCACUCUGCAUAAUGGGACUGAGCAUGACAGAUUGAAUCUUUCACCAUCCAUGACCAUGUUGGUUUUGGCGCCUUACUGUAUUUCCCAGAGGUUCAGUUCAGCCUUCAUCUGAAGGACCACUGUUUAGUAAUUUAGUCCUUCAGGGAUUAAGUGAAUGUUAAUGAUAGAAAAUAACUUAAUUGACCAUCAGAGGGUCUACAGUUAUGUCGACACCAUUGUGUUUACAUGAUGACAUUAAACAAAAUAUUACAAAAUA